CAAGGAUGACUGGUCACUGUUGACCAGGAAUAGGGCAUCCGGACUUCGAAUGGAAAUGGAGAAACAAGAUGCGAUAAGCAAAACUCCCGAAGAAAACAAAGAACUUAAUACCAAGGAAGACGUAACUUCAAGAGGAGAUACUUUGAAGCCGUGUGAGCCUCUAGAGAGAGCAAAGGAACCUGAUCAACUUGCAAUCCGUAGUUUAUCAGCAACGAAACAUGGCAAUGUCCCAAGUGAAAAUGCCUCCCACGAUGAGAUUCAGGGGAGUUGCCAGCAGCUCAUCGAUGAUAUCAAUGCCAAAAGAAAGCGAGACACCGAUCUAUUGAACGAUUUCAAGAAAGCUCUCGAGGAACAAAUCAACGCUUCUUGUGGUGUUCUGGAAGAAAAUAUCGUUCAAACUUACGAAAGGCACAGCAAAACUAUUCAGGACAAACUUCAGGAAUUGUUUGCGGUUCUUGAAAGAAUAAGUAAACUUGAAAAUGAACUGAUGGACUUCAAACAUUCCCUUGGUCUCCUCUAUAACGACAUGCAAGUUGUGUAGGCGUGGAUAUCUAAAGAAACCUAUAAACAUGCUUUGUCCUAGAAUAAGCUUAUUGAUAUGAUUUAAGAAAAGAUCUUUCUAUUCUCGUUACACAUUACCUCCUAAUACCUACCCCCUUGGUAGGAUAAAGAAUGCACCCGUAAGGUUA